GUGUGCGCACAGCACCCCUUCUGGACGCCCGCAGAAUAUCUUCCGCUGCUGGAUGAUCGAUUAGUCGUCCGUCUUGUACUUUUAAUUAGCUAGUUCUCCUCUAUGCUCCAGCUGCGGCCUGUGGAGGAGGAUGAAUCGGCUACUGAAAGUUUGGCGCUGAAUCGAGCUGUGGCUGAUGAUGACCACUUUCUCUUGGCAGAGCUGCUGUCACAAGAACGCUACAGGAAGUGCAUUAAUCAGCAGAGUGGUUGGGGUAUCCCAGGUACCCCGUUACGUAUGGCUGCAUCUAAAGGUCACCUGAAGUGCCUGCAGUUACUCCUGGCACAUGGAGCUGAGGUGGACUGUCUGGAUGUGAAGGCCCAGACUCCUCUUUUUACUGCAGUGUGUGGGCGUUACCUGAGCUGUGUCCUCGCCCUGCUCCGCGCUGGGGCUAACCCUAAUGGAAGUCAUUUGAACAACAGCUCACCUGUGCUCACCGCUGCUCGGGAGGGCGAUCCAAAGAUCCUCCGCCAUCUUCUUCAGCAUGGGGCCGAGGUCAACGCCAGGUCAAAGGUGACAUUGUGGGCUUCAGGGGUUGCAGUGUGCAGUGGACCACUUUACCUGUCAGCCAUAUAUGGACACCUGGACUGCUUUAAAAUGUUACUGUUGUACGGGGCAGAUCCGAACUAUAAUAGUCCAGAAGAGAAGGUUAUCGGUAAGGCAACGCAACAGAAGACGGUCCUGGAAUUGUGCUUGAGACAUGGCUGUGGAGUCGAAUACAUUCAGCUGCUCAUAGACUUUGGGGCCAAUGUGUACCUGCCUACUCUCAUUAUAGAGAAGAGCACCAAACAGAAUGAAGCUGUUGAACUACUGCUGAAAGAGCGAGGUUGUCCGAAGUCUUUGGCAUCUCAAUGUAGGUUGGCCAUCCGUAAACACUUGAAACAGGUGAACAGGAUAAAGUCUAUAGGCUCUCUUGAGAUUCCACCCAGGCUCAUCAACUAUCUCAAACACAAGCCCAUAAACGGCUCACUGUUUACUGACAAGCCAGUGCACCCUCUUUAGUAAAGGACAGUCUCAAGACAGGCAUUUAUUCAAUCUCACAGGUGGUUUGACAUACUGCUAUCAGCCCCAGUUUGCAUCUAUGGAGUGUAUUAAAUUGAAACGCCUUUAUGCAUUAAUUUACACGAAUGCCAUUCAAAUUAGACUAUAAUGUAUAGCAGUUCUCCCUUUAAAAUAUAAUUUGGAGAUUUUUAUUUCUCAUUCAAAAUUCAACUGUUGUAAAAUGUUUUUGUUUUUUUUACUGGUUCAUUUGAUUUUGUAGAUCCCAUAGUGUGAUUAAUAAUGAAGUCUGAUUCUUUUCCAUGAACUGGUCCUUUCGUUUCAGUGAACCGGUUAAAAAAAUUAUUCACCAGUUAAUUUACGUCAUCGCGUAAUGACGUUUCUAUACAUGAUGCUAAUAAGCUGGCUUCAUAGAAUACAUGCACAAACAGAUUCAAUAAAGCCAUGUGUAAGCGGAUAUAGGGUUUUUAUUGUCAUCAGUGUUUUAUUCAGUGAUCUUACAACACAUCUUACAUUUAAAGUUUUGCACCUAAAGCAACCAAUACUGACACUGAUAUACAAACACAGAUGUUCUACACAUGUCUAAGCAUAAAAAGUGAAUAAACUAGUCUUAAUCAACUGACCAUGUGAUUAAGGAGCUGCAUGGUGACUCACAAACUGCUGUGAUUGACUCUGUGUACUGUUGACUCAAGAACUGCCACAACCAACUCAACGUACAGUUGGCACGAGAGCUACUGUCCCGGGAUCAGUGUGCUGUUGAGUCGAGAACUGUUAUGAACGACUCCUUGUACUGUUGACUCGAGCUGCUGUCCUGGGAUACAUUUCGCCCCUUAAGCUGCGUACACACUGCCAGCGACACCAUCCCAUUCAUUUUCAAUGAGAGCUGGCGACAUCCAGAAACACAAGCUGUCGCGACCGUUAGUGACCAGAUGCGGGCGUGUCCAGCGACGCAACAAAGUUGAGACAAGUUUAACUUUAUUCAAAUGAAGAGCAACUUAUGGGAGUGACAGCCAAUACGAGAGAAGACGUUAGAACUCAAGUGAUCCUUCUCUCUCUCUCUCUCUCUCAGCUCCUGCAGUAAUGGAAAGAUCAGGGGACCCGCCCUCUGCAGCAGCUCAUCAAACUGGGUCCUGUCAAGCCUGAAGUACUGCCGGAACUUCAUCCAGCCGCAGCUCCUGCACCAGCCGGUGGUACUCACCGUGCUGACUCCGAGAUUGAAUGGUUUCGUGGACCCAGACAGACCGGCGUUUGCGCUUUCGCUGCAGAUAAACAGCCGCUAUGGCAAAGAGCAUGCCUUGUUUCACGUUCAUCUUUGAUAUAAAGCAUUUUAUGUACUAAUUCCAUUUAUAUGUAGUCUUUUCCCUCCAAAAUGUUUGUUAUUAGCGGUAAGAAAACUGUCAACAGCAAUGGAAUGGCAUCCGUGAAUGUCAUUUAUAAACAUUACUAGGCAACCAGUAGUGGGAAUGCCCACUACUAGCGACCUAACUGCCAGCCACUAGUGACCUACAGCGACAAAGUCGCUGGCAUUGUGAACGCAGCUUUAAUCACACGCAUGCUAAAUGUCAGCAGCUCAUCGGUUCUCAUUAAGUCGGACACCUCAGAAAGAGGUGAUUCUCAGUAAGUGUACUGUGACUCGAGAACAUUUAUGACCUUAACGUUCAGUUCGAUCUGUGAACUAGUUGGAGUGGUUUAUUGCAAAGAAGAGUUGGCAAAAGCAGAUAUCACCAGUAGGAUCAUAUUAUUCCCGGUUAUCGGCUCAUUUAGAUUCGGAGUGUCAGGCACAUCCGAGAGACCGGUUAAGAUUGAGUAACUUGUGGAUCAGUGUUGACUCAAGACACAAACUGUUUCAAAACGAUUCAGUCUGAUUUGGUGAACUGGUUCAACUCGUUCACUGAAAAGAACCGGUUCAAAAGAACGAUUAGUUCGUAAACUGGACAUCACAAGUCUGGAGCCCUGAAUCUGGAGCUUUUAUCAAAUCAUGCUCUAACCUGAAGUGUUUUGUUAACAGGAACAGCAUGAUGAAAGAUAUAAAAAUCUUGUUAACUCUUAUUUUAAUAUGAUAUAUUUAAUCUCUGUUGUGAUGUAUUUGUCUCUAUAAAUACUUUGUUUGGCGCAGAUGUGCUCUUUCAACAGAACAGCUGUCACAUAAUCUGAAAGUGCUGGAACAAAAUGUUCAUUCGGUUUCUUUUGCAGUUAAAGGGUUUGGGUUCCUUCAAAAUGAAAAUAUUUUGCAGAGCAACAGCAAGAUAUAGAAAACAACACAGACCUUGCUACUUCAGAAAUGAUGUUCCACUUAAAAUGAUAGAACAUUGAUAAAAAUGGGAUAUACACAUUAUUUUCAGCCAUUUUUUAUUUUCCUGUUUAAAUAAUGUACAACCUCUGGCUUAAUAAAACCGAACUGA